GUUUUACUAGCGCGAGAACUCAGUAUUGCUUCAAGACGGGUGUUAGGAAUAGUAAAAAAUAAUAUCAAGCAGUUCCGCAAGAAUUUCAUGUGAUAACAGUGUCUAAAAUGUUACAUGAAGUCGGGUCAUUCCUCGUACUUCUUUCGAUUACUGUAAAUUGCGUUCUAUCCCAGGACACCAAUAUUUAUUUUCCAAACCGUGGAAACUCAACUAAUACUGAAAAUUCGUCAACUCCUAUUGAGAAACGCAAUAAUUCUUCCUCGGAAACAGAAAGUAUCCUGAAGGACCUGCAAACGACUUAUAACGCCACUAAUCACUCGUCUCGAUUCGAAUCGUCUUGGUUCGUUGAAUUUCCUUCAUUACCGGAUGUGUUCAUCACUUCUACUUCACUUCCGGAUGGCGAAUGCAUGCGUCAGACUUUGCGCUACUUGCAAGAACUUCGUAAUGGAACUCUCUGGGCUUUUCAAAUGUACGAUUCUUCUAGUAAACGUUUCGAAGGAAUAAUAAGUGGUAACACAAGACACUAUGGAAACUUUGAUCAGUGUUUUAACUUAGAAGCGAUCCUACCUGUGAAUGAGAAUCAUCCUGAUUCGGAUAGGAUUGCUGGCCGCUAUUGCUUGAUCGAUUUUAAAUUCCAGAAAACACACGUUAUGCCACAUGUGUCUAAACCAUAUGUUAUGGAAUUCGAUCCGAAUGGUCCUGCCUGGGAUGCUAUUCAAGAGCGUGGAGAUUUCCGUAGAGUCAAACGAUACCUGAUGCAAUUAGCUCUUUGCGUUCCAGCUUCUUGCACGGCUAAGGAUGUGGAAGUAGCCCUCACGGAGACCUUCAAAAAAUUUGGUAUUGCUCGGAACAUGCGCAUUGAAACCACAGUGAAGCAAGAACAUUGCCAAACCAAAGAUGAACUUCUGGAGUUUUCCACGGCUUCCUGGAUCUAUUGCUACGUUCUUCUGACAUUACUUGCAUUGGUGGUUGUCGGCAACUGGUAUGAUUCCAGUAUGGAAAAUAACGAACUCACUGAUAAAUCCGCCAUCAAGGAUCUCAUUCUUUGUUUCUCACCACGUCGCAACCUGAAGACCAUUUUUACGGCUACUUAUAAUCAUCCUGGCCUUGACUGUAUCCAUAUGAUCCGAAUCUUUUUCAUGAGUUUGGUGAUCUUUGGACAUAGAACCAUGCAAUACUAUACGAAUCCAGUUAUCAAUGCAAACUAUUUGGAAUGGACGUAUACGUUCCCCAGUGCGAUGAUGGUCCACAAUGGUACUGUAAUAGUAGAUGCAUACUUUGGAAUUGGCGGACUUCUCGUGGCGUAUGGUAUACUCCAAGAACUCGACAAAAAGAAGAAAAUCAGUGUCAUAGGUCUAAUUCUAGUGCGUUUUUUAAGAUUGACCCCCUCGUACAUGCUUGUGGUUUUCUUCAAUGCCUUGAUACUCCCCCACUUGGGCACUGGACCUUAUUGGGAAGUUAAAAUAGGCAAAGAGAGUCAGUCAUGCCGAUCGAACUGGUGGACGAAUUUACUCUAUGUGAAUAAUUAUGUCAACCCACAGAAUUUCUGCAUGUUCCAAGCAUGGUAUCUGGCGGUUGACUUUCAUAUGUACAUCUUAGGGAUAUUUGUGGUAUACGUAUUUUGGAAAUGGCCACGAAAACUGGGUUACACACUCCUUGUAGUAUUGACAAUUGUAAGCUGUGUCAUACCGUUUGUUCAUACUUACUUUUAUAAUAUGCAACCAAUCUUCAUGGGUCUACCAUAUAUGAGGGAAGUCAGGGACGAUUUUUACUUCAUAAACUAUUACAUAAAGAGUCAUAUGAGAGCCUCGUCCUAUUUGAUUGGAAUAAUAGCAGGUGCCAUUAUUCAUGACCAUAAAAAGUCCACAUGGAAAUUAACAAAAGCUUGGUCGAGGAUUUUCUUCGCACUCUUUGCAGUGGUACUCAGCAUCAACAUACAAGCCUUCAGUUUUAAGUUUAUUGAUAUCAAUGCAGAGAAAGGUCCACUGAUCACCGCUCUCUUUGCGAGUUUACAUAGAGCAGCAUUUUCCAUGAGCAUGUGUUCAGUUGUUGUUUUGAUAACAGUUGGACAGGGUCUAGAUUUCCAUUACAAUUUCUUGACUCCCGCGUGGGCUCAACCGUUGAGUAGACUGACUUAUGGAGCUUUCCUGGUGCACAAUGUUAAUCAAAUAUACGAAAUCAGUGUUGCCAGAGUAGGCAGAGUUUUUACAUUUCACAAUCUUAUUUGGGAUUUUGUCCCUGAUAUUUUAUUUACGAUGAUCAUUUCGUUAAUCCUUUCUAUAACCGUGGAAGGUCCAUUUAAAAAUAUUGAGAAGAGGUUUAUAAUACAUAAGGCUAAUCAAAGAGAUCGUGAAACGUCUAACGUGGCACAAAAGCCUAAGAAAAUUGACUAAUUAAUCUAGGUAUUCUAUUUAUGAAUGUUAAUUAUAUUUAUAAAAUACAGUCUAAUAUAUUGUAUAUAUAUUGUAAUAAUAUCUAAUAUAUUGUAAUAUAUAGCUAGCUAAUGAACCUAAUGGGAAAUUAAACGCGCGUAAUGCUGCAGUAAAUACGAACACUUAUCUAUCGGUAAUAAUAGAAUUUCUCACUUAAAAGCAUAAUAAUUUUAAAAUAUCUGAUAAAUUAACUAUUAUGCCCUUGCGUAAAAAAUUGUAAAAUUGCUGAUACGCAACUGAUAUUUUGUGUUUGCUGAGGUAUUAAUUUUCACGAAUGACUGUGUAUUUAAAUGUACUUGAAAUAAAAUUGGCAACAGUCUGGUUGAUAUUAA